CUCCGUUGUGGAGAGAGCGGGGUCAGCUCCCCAGUUUCACCAUGGUGAGCGAGGGGCUGCUCUCCACAGAUGGGGAGGAGUUGCUGGCCCUGUUGAGCGUGGGUUUGCUGCCCCCGUACGGGAAGGUGUGUCUGGUCUCGACAAGCCAAUCAAGAAUCUGGAUAAAAAAACUGAACUUACCAUGAAACCAAUUACUGUAGCUACACCAGUUCAACCUAAAUAGAAAAAGUCAAUAAAAUGGUGUGGCCCUGCCAUGACUGUGUUUUCCGGGCUUAAGAUGUAUACCCUGAGAGAAAUGGGAGCUGUAAGGAAGACCUCAAGCUAUGCCAUGGUGAAUGGGGGGCCACUGUCCCCAGACCAGGAAUAACAGGAUGGCAGUAUUCAUGAUCCAGGAAGUAUUCAUAAAUGCCUGGAUUACAGGAUACAGUGACCUAUAAUGAUGUCCAUGUCGACUUCACUCGGGAAGAGUGGGCUUUGCUUGAUCAUUCCCAGAAGAAUCUCUACAAAGAUGUGAUGCUGGAGACUUAUAUGAACCUCACUGCUAUAGGCUACAACUGGCAAGAUCAUAAUAUUGAAGAACAUUGUCACAGUUCUCAAAGACAUAAAAGGCACAAAAGAAGUCAUUCUGGAGAGAAACCUGAAUAUACUCAAUGUGUUAAAACCUUUGCAUAUCACAGUAAUCUUCAAAGGCAUCAAAGAAUUUAUACUGGAGAGAACCACUAUGAAGGUGUUCAGUGUGGUGAAGCCUUUGGAUGUCAGAGUAGUCUCCUAAUACAUAAAGGAACAUAUACAGGAGAGCAACCCUAUGCAUGUAAUCCAUGUGGUAAAGCCUUUUCAUGUACUCUCCAAAUGCAUCAAAGAAUACAUAUUGGAGAGAAACCGUAUGAAUGUAAUAAAUGUCAGAAAGCCUUUGUAUAUCACAGUCAUCUUCAAAUGCAUGAAAGAACACAUACUGGCGAGAAACCCUACAAAUGCAACCAAUGUGCUAAAGCCUUUGUAUAUCCCAGUCUUCUUCAAAGACAUGAAAAACCACAUACUGGAGAGAAGCCAUAUGUAUGUAAUCAGUGUGGUAAAGCCUUUGCAUAUCACAUUUGUCUUACAAUACAUAAAAGAACACAUACUGGAGAGAAACCCUAUGAAUGUAAUCAAUGUGAUAAAGCCUUUGCCCAGCACAGUGCUCUUCAAAUGCAUGUAAGAACCCAUACUGGAGAGAAACCGUAUGAAUGUAAUCAAUGUGGUAAAUCCUUUGCUCAUCACAGUACUCUUCAAAUGCAUAAAAGAACACAUACUGGAGAGAAGCCAUAUGAAUGUAAUCAGUGUGGUAAAGCCUUUGCUCAUCAUAGUGGUCUUAAAAGGCAUAAAAGAACACAUACUGGAGAGAAACCUUAUGAAUGUAAUCAAUGUGGUAGAGCCUUUGCUCAUCACAGUACUCUUCAAAUGCAUAAAAGAACACACACUGGAGAAAAACCCUAUGAAUGUAAUCAAUGUGGUAAAGCUUAUAUAUCCCAACACGGCCUCCAAAUGCAUGAAAGAACACAUACUGGAGAAAAACCAUAUGAAUGUAAUCAAUGUGGUAAAGCUUUUGCACAAUACAGUACUCUUCAAAUGCAUAAAAGAAUACAUACGGGAGAGAAACCCUAUCAGUGUACUCAGUGUGGUAAAGCCUUUGCAUAUCACAGUCAUCUUCAAAUGCAUGAAAGAACACAUACUGGAGAGAAACCCUAUGAAUGUAAUCAGUGUCAUAAAGCCUUUACACAACACAAUACUCUUCAAAUGCAUAAAAGAACACAUACUGGAGAGAAACCCUAUGAAUGCAAUCAAUGUGGGAAAGCCUUUGCAUAUCACAGCAAUCUUAAAAUACAUAAAAAAACACAUACUGGAGAGAAAUCCUACAAAUGUAAUCAAUGUGAUAAAACCUUUGAAUGUACGAGUAAUCUUUGAAAUCAUAAGAAAAAAAUCAUCUGAAUGUAGUUAAUGUGGCAGAGUUUUGUAAGUCAUGGUUCUUGUUCUUUAUACAAUAAUAAAACUUUUAGUAUGUUGUUAGUCUGUUAAAGCCUUUGAAUAUAACAUUAGACUUGAGAAUAUGAAAAAAAGUCAUACCAUAGGGAAUCUGAAUAUAAAUGAUUUGGUAAGAUCUUUAGCAACCACACUUAAUUUCUAUUACACAAAAGUAUUUAUUAUGGAGAAAUCAGUGUGACAUGUGCCAACAAUCUGUUCAAGCAUUAUAAUGUGUACAUCCGUAAACUCACAUGAACAAAAGGCCUAUGAAUUUAAAUACUUCUCUUCAAUUAAAUGAGAUAAUGUUCCAGGUAUAAAACUUCAUGGAUGUGUAUUAGUGCCUUUUCUGUUGCUGUGAUAAAGCAACAUGUUUAAAUUUCAAGAUUUGUUUUGGUUUUAAUUAUGCCAUGUCACUGUUUCUUUGUGUGGGUAUGUUCAUGUUCAUUCUGGUUCCCAAGGUUUGACCCUUGGCACUGUUCAAGCAUUAUAAUGUCCCUCUUUAUUUUGUUUUCACCUACAAACUCACAUGGACAAUAGGCCUAUAAAUUUAAAUGAUAAUGAAAUCUUUUUUAUAUUUCAUACUUCAAUUAUAUGAGAUAAUGAAUCUAGGUCCAUGUAUAAUGAAUACAUGGACAUGUAUUAGUGCCUCUUCUGUUGCUGUGAUAAAGCAACAUGUUUAUGUGAACUUAUGCCAGGGUUUAAUUUGGCCCUUGGUUCUAGAGAAAUACAGGACCACUGUGAAAGUGACCUGGAAACAAGUGUCAAACAUGGCAGUUAAAAUAAGAAGCAAAAAAUUCACAUCAACCUGCAGCAUGAAGCAGAAAGGAUAAACUGGAAAUGGCGUGCAUAUGUAAAGGCCAACCCCAGUGACAUAUUUCUUCCAGCAGGGCAGAUUUCCCUAAAUCUUCCCAUAUGAUACCACAGAUUGAGAAUGAUUGAUUUCACUGACUUCAAGCCAACAUGUUGCUUUCUGUUACAUGAUCCAAUUCAUAAUGGAGAAAAACUCUGUAAACCUUUAAAUGCCUCAACACCUGUAUUACAGGAAUUACAAUAGAAAAACACAAGUGAAAAUUAGUUUCAGGAUUUGUUUUAAUUUAAUUAUGCCAUGUGACUGUGUCUUUAUGUGGGUAUGUGCUUGUGUGUUCUGGUUCCCAAGUAGGUUAGACCUUUGUAGCUUCUUGUAGCAGGAAUUAUUGAAAGUUGUCAAAACCUGACCUUGGUCCUGGGAAUGAACUUGCAUUAAGGGCUUGAUGAUGUCUCUAGCUCUGUAAAUAUUUUAAAGCUUUCUUUCUAUCAUCUUGAUAUCAGUAAAUAGGGAGGAAUUCAUACAAGAGAGAAACCUUAUUCAUGUAAACAAAUUUGUAAAGACUUUUGACAUCACAGUUGUCUUAAUUUCAAGGAAAAAAACUUAUUUCAUCUCUUUUUCAUUGUAGCCUUGAAGUAAAUAAUUAAUCAAGUCCAGUAAAGACUUAUGUGAGGAUCACAUUGUGGCUUCUAUUUUGCAAUAUGGGAGGUAGAUAUAAAAGUGUACUAUAUGUGUAGCAAAUCCAUUUAAUGAAUUUUGUAGCACAAGUUCUAAUAGGCAUUAGUAGUAAAGGCCCAGGAUAAGAUAGAAGGAAAAAAUACUAGAUUGAAACUCUAUGAACAUAAAGAAUAUGGCAAAGCCUUUUUACAUCACAGUCAUCUUCAGAUACAUAAAAGAACACAUACUGGAGAGAAGCCCUAUGAAUGUAAUCAGUGUGGAAAAGCCUUUGCACGUCACAGUACUCUCCAAAUACAUGAAAGAAGCCAUACUGGAGAGAAGCCCUAUGAAUCUAAUCAGUGUGAAAAAGCCUUUGCAUGUCACAGUAGAAUCCGAAAACAUGAAAGAAACCAUACUGGAGAGAAGCCCUAUGAAUGUAAUCAGUGUUGAAAAGCCUUUGCACGCCAUUGUCAUCUCCAAGUACAUAAAAGAACGCAUACUGGAGAGAAAUCUAAUGAAUGUAAUUAGUGUGAUAAAGCCUUUGCUUUGCUUACAGCAUAGUUAUUUUGAAGGUGCCUCAAUGCCUGUGUUAUAGGAAUGAAUGCUUAUAAGAGAGAAACUGUCAUGUGUGAAAAACUGUUUAAAGAGUUGUUUUAAUUGUAAUUAUGUGAUGUCAUAUGUUUGUGUGGGUACGUAAAUUUUUCAUGUUGGCUUCUGAGAAUGUUCGACCCUAGGAUCUUCUUGUAGCAAGAAUUACAGAAAGGUGUCAAAAAUUAGGCCUUGGUCCUAGGAAUGAAUAUUUCUUAAUUGCCCAGCCAUGUUUCUAGUGCUGUAAAUAUUUUAAAGUCUAUUUGUAUCAUGUUGAAGUCAAGAAAU